AUGAUUAAGAUGAUAAUUUUUAUCGUUCUUUUUUAUGAGCAGGUUCUUCUGCCUUGUAGUAAGAUAAAUUAUAAAUUUAGAAUGCAAAUAUUUAGUUUUAACAGAUCUAACAGAUUAAAGCACUGUAAGUUUAUGGUCGGAUGAAACCUUAAGUCUCCCUUUAUCCUUUUGUACAAAUGAAUUAGUUGAAAACUACAUAGGCUUAGAUAACAAUUUAAAUCCUAUUUAUUGGAAGAGAAUAUUUUCUCUACCUAAAACUAGCAGAGUUUAUGUUUAUUUUGAGAUUUCCUUAUCUGGAAAUUGGAAUAAUGAUGAACUGUAGAUAUUUGCUAACGAUUUAAAGGUCUACUCUUAAAAAUUCACUCUCACAGAUUCCAAUAGGGAUUGUAAUCAAAGGUAUUUUGUUCGAUAAUAAUUAGAUUUCUUUAUGAAUCCUAAGGAUACUUUAUAAUCAAUAUGAGAUUAGAUUCUUUAAAGUUUGAAAUAAAAGUCAGUAACACUAACCUUGGUAUUUACAUAAAAAAUCUGGUUUUGCUUUAAUAAUAAUAAAGAGGUAGAAAUGAGAUUCUUCAAUUUAUUGAUUACAUUCCUACAUGUAGUCCAAAUUUUUAUUUUUAACAAUAUUAUUGCAAAUGCUCAAAUAAUUUAGUCUACUAAUCCAAUUAGUGUAUAGCAUCCUGUAGUUAAAAUUAUUUGUAUGACUCAACUGAAAAAAUGUGUUUUGCAAAAGAUUAUUGCUCAUCUUGCAUUGGAACUCAAACAUCAUUAUCAUGUGAUACAGGGUAUUAUAAAUAUUCAGAAUCUGAUAUUUCUGAAUCUAAUUGUGUUAAGAGAUGCCCAAAUGGCUAUUAUCAAGAUGAGACUGCUAAAACUUGCACUGACAUGAAAUCUUAUCUUUAGACUAAUCAAAAUGGAGGAGGUAAAUUAUAAAAUUUAAGAUUUAGAAUAAAUGGGCCAUUAUUACUUUUUUACUAGCAUCUCAGAAUUUAUUCAUUUUUAUUCCUAUAAUCAUUUAAUGGCAACUAUUGUGUCAGUUCCUGAAAAAAUUAAAGAAAGAGGCUUUUUCUUUUAUAAUAAUAAAUUUUAUAUUGGUUCAUUUGAUACAUUUUAAUCCCAAAAGGUCUUGAUCACAUAAAAUAUACAGAAUUCUUAACAUAAAAUAAGGUUUAGAGCAAUAGCCCAUUUUAUUGAUUUUAAUCCUACUAAAUUUGAUAUAACAAUAAAUGGUGUUAAAUAAACAGCUGCUACAUUACAAAUUAACACUAUCAAUAUAUUAUAAUCAUCAAAAUCAGAUUAUAUAGCAUACUUAGAUUAUACAUGGGUGAGAACAGAAUAAUACCCUAUAUCUUAAAAUAAUAUUCUUUUUGAAAUCGAAUAACCAUCUUAAGGAGGAAAAUAUAUUGGAGUUUUCUAUUUAGAUGAUAUUCAUCUUUUUCAAUUUCAAUGUUAAACAGGAUGUAAUACUUGCUUUACUUAUGCUUUUUGCACUCCUUGUCUUUAUCCAGCUAAUAAAGAUCCUGCAGACUGUUCAUGUCUAACAGGAUAUGUCAUGUAGAAUAAUUAAUGCAUAGGUACUACAGAAUUUUAAGUUAGUUUGCCCUACUUAUUGUACUACUUGUGUUACUGCUGCAGUUUGUGUAGAUUGUUUGGCAUCAACAAAAAGAAUUAAUUCUCCUAAUUGUGAUUAAUGUCCUAUUAAUUAUUAUGUCGAUUCAGGACUUGCAGAUUGUUAACCAUGUUAAACAGGAUGUCAUUCAUGUACAGUUGGAACUGCAUGUGUUUACUGCGCUAAUGGAUACUUUAGAAAUCAAUUAAAUUAAUGUAUAACUUAAUGUCCAGAUGGAUAAUUUAAUGAUUCUAGUAAUGUAAAUGAUCCAAAAUGUAGUAUUUGUGAUAAUAAUUGUUUGAAAUGUUAAACAUUAGCUACAACUUGUACUGCAUGUAAAGGAUUGGCUAUUCUUGUUUCUGGUUAAUGUUAUUUAUGUUCUGAAGGUUAAUAUUUAUAAGGAACUACUUGUGUCAAUUGUAUUAAUGGAUGUUAAAUUUGUUCUUCUGUCACAUGCACAACAUGUUAAGAUUCUUAUUAUUACAAAUCAUCAACUAAUGAAUGUAUUUCUGUUUGUGAUCCAGGAUUUUUUGGAAAUACAACCACUAAAACAUGCGACGUAUGCAAUUCCAAUUGUUAAACAUGUUUAGCAGGUACAGAUAAAGACUGUUUAAGUUGUUCACCAGGUAAAGUACUUAAUAUCUACAAUGUAAUAAGUGGAGAGUGCAACAUAAACUGUUUGCUAGGAUUCUACAAAGUAAAUGAUUAAUGUUUGAAAUGUUGGAAGGGUUGUUCUGCAUGUAUGGACUAAACUCAAGCCUGCUUAACAUGUGCGAGCAAAUUUUAUAGAUUAAAAACCACCGGUUGGUGUUAUGAAACAUGUCCUGAUGGAUAUUAUAAUAAUAAAAUAGGUUAUUUAUGUUCUCCUUGUAACACUUAAUGUAAGACCUGCUAUGGUUUUUCAGAAUUAACUUGUUUAUCAUGCAAUGCUCCUUUAGCCUACUUUUAAAACUAAUGUUUAGUUGAAUGUUAUGAUGGUUAUGGGAGCAUAAAUAAUAUUUGUGAACCAUGUGCAGCUAAUUGUAAGAAAUGCUUUGGUACAUAACCUAAUGAAUGUCUUUAGUGUAAAAAUGGGUUUUACACUCUAAAUAAUCAAUGCUAUAUUAAAUGUCCAAGAUCAUUUUUUGGUAUCAGACCUUAGUAUGUUUGUAAAUGUAUAUAUGACAAUUGUAUAACUUGUACAGCAACUUAAUAUUUCUUGGAUAAUUAAUGCUAUACUAAUUGUCCAACUGGUUAUUUUGGAUAUAAUGGUUUAUGUAUUAAAUGUGAUUUGACUUGCGGAACUUGCUUUGGAGAAGGAAUAGAUGAAUGUUCUUCUUGUAAAUCUGGUUUAAUCUUAUAUUAAAAUACUUGUAUAGCAAACUGUUUAGGAAACCUGUAUCAUGAUGUUGUAGCUAAUGAGUGUAAACUAUGCAAUAUAGAGUGUGCUGCUUGUACAGGGCCUAAUAAUAAUUAAUGCACUGCUUGUCCAAAUGAAAAAUUAUUAACAAUUGAAAAUAGUUGUAAAGAUAUAUGUACUGAUGGUUCAUUUUUGAUAUAAAGUGAAUAAAGAUGUUAUCAAUGUCAUGCAACUUGUAAAACUUGUUUUGGAUCUUCUGAUGAAAAUUGUUUAACAUGCACAAAUUUAUUUUAAGCAAAUUAAUGUGUAAGUACAUGUUCUCCUGGUUUCACAAUUAAUGCUACUGGAACAGCAUGUGAUUCUGAUUUUACUCAAGUAGUAGGAGCUUGUUCAUAUUAGUGUAAGACUUGUGAAUUAGCUGCAAGGUAUUGUAAAUCUUGUNAAUAAAGAUUGUGUCACAUGUCCAGCAGGUAAAGUGCUCAAUAUCCAAAAUGUAAUUAGUGGGGAAUGUUAAACAAACUGUUUGUUAGGAUUCUACAAAUUAAAUGAUGGAUGUUCAAAAUGUUGGAAAGGUUGUGCUGCAUGUAUGGACUCAACUCAAGCCUGUUUAACAUGUGCAAGCAAAUUUUAUAGAUUAAAAACCACAGGUUGGUGCUAUGAAACAUGCCCUGAUGGAUAUUAUAAUAAUUAAGUAGGUUAUUUGUGUUCUCCUUGUAACACUUAAUGUAAGACCUGCUAUGGUUUUUCAGAAUUAACUUGUUUAUCAUGCAAUGCUCCUUUAGCUUACUUUUAAAACUAAUGUUUAGUUGAAUGUUAUGAUGGUUAUGGGAGCAUAAAUAAUAUUUGUGAACCAUGUGCAGCUAAUUGUAAGAAAUGUUUUGGUACAUAACCUAAUGAAUGUCUUGAAUGCAUGGUUGGAUUUUAUACACUAAAUAAUCAAUGCUAUGUAAAAUGUCCAAAAUCAUUUGUUGGUAUUAGACCUUAGUAUGUUUGUAAAUGUAUAUAUGACAAUUGUAUAACUUGUACAGCAACUUAAUAUUUCUUGGAUAAUUAAUGCUAUACUAAUUGUCCAACUGGUUAUUUUGGAUAUAAUGGUUUAUGUAUUAAAUGUGAUGUCACUUGUGGAACUUGCUUUGGAGAAGGAAUAGAUGAAUGUUCUUCUUGUAAUACUGGAUUAAUCUUAUAUUAAAAUACUUGUAUAACAGAUUGCUUAGGAAAUCUCUAUCAUGAUGUUUUAGCCAAUGAGUGUAAAUUGUGCAAUAUAGAGUGUGCUGCAUGUACAGGGCCUAAUAAUAAUUAAUGUACUGCUUGUCCAAAUGAAAAAUUAUUGACAAUUGAAGAUAGUUGUAAAGAUAUAUGUACUGAUGGUUCAUAUUCUGUAUUAAGUGAAAAAAGAUGUUAUCAAUGCCAUGCAACUUGUAAAACUUGUUUUGGACCUUCUGAUGAAAAUUGUUUAUCAUGCACAAAUUUAUUUUAAGCAAAUUAAUGUGUAAGUACAUGUUCUCCUGGUUUCACAAUUAAUGCUACUGGAACAGCAUGUGAUUCUGACUUUCCUCUUGUUAUAGGAACCUGUUCAUAUUAGUGUAAGACUUGUGAAUUAGCUCCAAGAUUUUGUAAAUAAUGUUCAGGAAAUCGUAGUCCUAAUCCACCUAAUUGUGAUUGUGAAGCUGGUUAUUUUGAUGAUGGAAGUAACUCUAAUUGUCCGAAGUGUGAUAAUAAAUGUUUGACUUGUAAAGGAUUAGCAAAUCUUUGUCUUAAAUGUAAAGGGGAUAGAUUAUUACCAACAUGUGCUUGUCCAGAAUUUUAUUAUGAUGAUGGAGAAUCAGUUAAUUGUGUUAAGUGUUAAGAUAAUUGUAAAACCUGUGAUGUUAAUGGAUGUACAUCUUGUCUGGGAGAUAGAAUUAAUAAUCCUGAUUGUGUAUGUCCUGAUGGUUAUUUUGAUACAUAUCAAACUUAUUGUUCAUAAUGCGCAAAAAAAUGUGUAACUUGUAGUGGAUCAGCAGAAAUAUGUGAUGUUUGCUCAGGAAUUAGAGUUGGAAAGCCUAUAUGUGGAUGUCCAGAUGGCUUUUUUGAAAAUUCUGAUUAAGAAUGUUAACAAUGUGAUUCAACAUGUAAGGAUUGUAAUUAAUAUGGAUGUUUAUCUUGUUUUGGUAAUAGGGUAGGGCCUAUAAAUGGUGAAUGUAAAUGUGAUUAGAAAGGAAUCAGUAGAUUUAGUAUUGGAUCCGUUUAUUGUACUGAUUGUUCAUUAGGAGUACCAUAUUUUGGAUUAAAUGAAGAAUUUACUGGAUUUAAUAUUGAUUUUGGAGGAUCUAUCAUUUAUUUAGAUUAAGGAGUUACAGAUUUAUGUGAAGCUUUCUUUGAAUCUGAAACUCUUUUAAAAUUAGGAACAUAACCUCUCUGUAAUUCAGAUUUCUCAAUUAUUUUUGGAUAAAAUCCUACCAUUUAACUAGGUGAUACUAUUAAAUUAAAAUUAUCAUUCAUUUUAACAGGUUGUACUUAUCAAUUUUUAUAAAUCCUUCCUAUGCCUCUCUCUAUUCCAUCUACAAUAGAUUUAGAUACUCAUAAGCCAAGUGUCAAAUUCAAUGAUUUAAGUACCUCAAAUAUUUGUUCUGAUUUAAUUAUUAGAUUUGAAGAAUUAUUCUAUAAUGGAAAGUAAAAUUUGAAAGUUAUUUCAUGGAAUCAAUAUAUUCCUUCAUUAAUAGACCCUUAAAUUUAAUCUAUAUUAAAUGCUAAUACUUUAAAUCAUAGUGAUACUAUUACUUUUCCACCAAAAAUCUUCUAAUCGAAUAUUAGAUAUAAAUUCGGUGUUACUAUUGAAAGUUUUGCUAAAUUAUAGAACAUAAAUUAUUUUUAAUUUGAAGCUUCUCAAUAAUCCAAAAUUAAUUUUUAUCCAGUUUCAACUAAUAAUUAAUUUCAUAGAUAUGAUCAAAUCUCAAUCUAAUGUUAAAUAUCUUAUUCAAAUUGUAUAGAAAAAGUAUAUCCAGAGUAAACUUUAGUUUAUGAAAUUAAAUUGAAAAAUAAUAAAAAUUAAUUAUUAAAUGGAACUUUGACAGAAAAUUUAGAAGAUGGAUUUAUUUUCGAUUUUCCUCUUAAUUUCAAAUAAUAUUAUUUUAAUUUUUCUAAUCCAUAUAUUUUAAUUUUUAAUACAAAAUUAAUAAGACCUGAUUAUACUGUUAGUACAUCAUAAAACUUUGAAAUUUAUAUAGUUCCAUCUAGCCCAAUACUUACAAUUGCAGGUGGAAAUAGAAUGAUUGGGUAUACUGAUAAACUAUUUUUAAAUACUACAAUUACAGAUAAAGAUUUAACAGAAACUGAGGCUUCUAAAAUCAUUUAUGAAUGUAAUUGGAGUUGUUAAGAUAUUGUAAAUGGUUCUGCUUGUAUUAAUUAAGAAAAUUAAACAAUUUUAUUUGAUAAGAGUUGUAAUUAAUAUUUACCACCACGUACAUUUGCUCCAUAUUAAGUAUUUAAUUUUGAAGUUAGCAUUAUAAAAGAAGAAAUAGUUUAUUCUACAAAAAUAUCAAUUUAAUUAAUUGAAAUAGAUUUACCAGCUUUAACUGUAUAAGGAGUCAAUGCAUUAGAGACUCAUAAUUAUUAUGAUGAAUUUAUCUAUUAAUUAAUAUAUCCUGGAAUAAAUCCUGAUGUUUUAAUGUAUGCUGGUGCAGUAAUCUAUGAUUAAGUUGUUUAAGCAACUUUCCAAUUUUAUUAUUUAGAGUUUAAAUUUAAAGUCUAAGACUAUUUUACUAAUUUCUAAGAUUCUUUAGGUAAUGGUCUAAAAUUAAGACUAUCAGUUUAUGAUCCUCGUUUCAUAAUGCCUUCUUUAAAUACUUAAAUGUUAACUAUGAAUAUUCCACCUUAAAAUUGUGAAUUGGAAAUGAAAUACAAUCAAGGAUUUGUUGAAUUUAUUGAAGCACUUGAUGUUUCAGUUAUUAAUUGUAUUGAUACUGAUGUACCUUUAUAAUACAGUGUUUGGGUAUUUCCAAAUGAAUCAAUUUAUGAAUCUGAUCUAAUUCAAUCUAAGUUUUACAAUUAUAUAUUACUUGAACCUUAUUAGAAAACCAAUACAUUUAAGUUAUUUUUACCAUAUUAUAAUGAUAAGUAGUAGGUUCUAGUAUUUCAUAUAUAAGAUUCAUAUGGAGGUGUAAUUAAUAUAACUUAGACUUUUGAUGUAAAAUAAUAUUUAUAAAUUGAUGAAACUACUUUUUUUAAUUAUGAAAAGUAAAUUGUAAGUUUAGAUUAAUAAUUAAUUGGAUAUAAUUUAAUUACUGAAAGAUUAAGAUUAAUAAAUGGAUCACANAAAUAUUUGUUCUGAUUUAAUUAUUAGAUUUGAAGAAUUAUUCUAUAAUGGAAAGUAAAAUUUGAAAGUUAUUUCAUGGAAUCAAUAUAUUCCUUCAUUAAUAGACCCUUAAAUUUAAUCUAUAUUAAAUGCUAAUACUUUAAAUCAUAGUGAUACUAUUACUUUUCCACCAAAAAUCUUCUAAUCGAAUAUUAGAUAUAAAUUCGGUGUUACUAUUGAAAGUUUUGCUAAAUUAUAGAACAUAAAUUAUUUUUAAUUUGAAGCUUCUCAAUAAUCCAAAAUUAAUUUUUAUCCAGUUUCAACUAAUAAUUAAUUUCAUAGAUAUGAUCAAAUCUCAAUCUAAUGUUAAAUAUCUUAUUCAAAUUGUAUAGAAAAAGUAUAUCCAGAGUAAACUUUAGUUUAUGAAAUUAAAUUGAAAAAUAAUAAAAAUUAAUUAUUAAAUGGAACUUUGACAGAAAAUUUAGAAGAUGGAUUUAUUUUCGAUUUUCCUCUUAAUUUCAAAUAAUAUUAUUUUAAUUUUUCUAAUCCAUAUAUUUUAAUUUUUAAUACAAAAUUAAUAAGACCUGAUUAUACUGUUAGUACAUCAUAAAACUUUGAAAUUUAUAUAGUUCCAUCUAGCCCAAUACUUACAAUUGCAGGUGGAAAUAGAAUGAUUGGGUAUACUGAUAAACUAUUUUUAAAUACUACAAUUACAGAUAAAGAUUUAACAGAAACUGAGGCUUCUAAAAUCAUUUAUGAAUGUAAUUGGAGUUGUUAAGAUAUUGUAAAUGGUUCUGCUUGUAUUAAUUAAGAAAAUUAAACAAUUUUAUUUGAUAAGAGUUGUAAUUAAUAUUUACCACCACGUACAUUUGCUCCAUAUUAAGUAUUUAAUUUUGAAGUUAGCAUUAUAAAAGAAGAAAUAGUUUAUUCUACAAAAAUAUCAAUUUAAUUAAUUGAAAUAGAUUUACCAGCUUUAACUGUAUAAGGAGUCAAUGCAUUAGAGACUCAUAAUUAUUAUGAUGAAUUUAUCUAUUAAUUAAUAUAUCCUGGAAUAAAUCCUGAUGUUUUAAUGUAUGCUGGUGCAGUAAUCUAUGAUUAAGUUGUUUAAGCAACUUUCCAAUUUUAUUAUUUAGAGUUUAAAUUUAAAGUCUAAGACUAUUUUACUAAUUUCUAAGAUUCUUUAGGUAAUGGUCUAAAAUUAAGACUAUCAGUUUAUGAUCCUCGUUUCAUAAUGCCUUCUUUAAAUACUUAAAUGUUAACUAUGAAUAUUCCACCUUAAAAUUGUGAAUUGGAAAUGAAAUACAAUCAAGGAUUUGUUGAAUUUAUUGAAGCACUUGAUGUUUCAGUUAUUAAUUGUAUUGAUACUGAUGUACCUUUAUAAUACAGUGUUUGGGUAUUUCCAAAUGAAUCAAUUUAUGAAUCUGAUCUAAUUCAAUCUAAGUUUUACAAUUAUAUAUUACUUGAACCUUAUUAGAAAACCAAUACAUUUAAGUUAUUUUUACCAUAUUAUAAUGAUAAGUAGUAGGUUCUAGUAUUUCAUAUAUAAGAUUCAUAUGGAGGUGUAAUUAAUAUAACUUAGACUUUUGAUGUAAAAUAAUAUUUAUAAAUUGAUGAAACUACUUUUUUUAAUUAUGAAAAGUAAAUUGUAAGUUUAGAUUAAUAAUUAAUUGGAUAUAAUUUAAUUACUGAAAGAUUAAGAUUAAUAAAUGGAUCACAAUAAUAUAAAUAACAAUUAUUCUAGAAAUUGAUUGCUAUUGAUUAAAAUUAAACAUUCUUAAGUAAUUAAACAGAAAGUUUAUAUAGAUCUAUUUCUAAAUUAUUAAGUUAAAAUGUAACGCUAUUAAAUUAAAAUGAAUCAAUGUUACUUAAUUAAUUGAAUUAUAGAAUUAAUUUAGCAUAUAUUUAAUUGACAACAUUUUAUAAUUUAUAAAGAUAAAAUAAAUUGACAUCAAUAUAAAACAUUGAAAAAACUACAUAUACUUAACAAUACUAUACAUUCUCAGAUAUUUUAUCUUCUUGUCUCAAUUAUAGAGUUCAAUAGAACUUAACAUCAACAGAUAUCUAAAAAUAACUAUAAGAAAUGCAAUCAUAAUUAUAAGGUAUUAGUGUACCUAAUGAACCUCUAUAUAAAGUUUAAUCAAAUUCAGUAAAUUUAAAUUUUGGAUUUCUUACAACCAAAAUGGCAGGAGAAGUUACAGGAUCAAAAACAAUUACUAAAAGUAGAUUAUUGGAGGAAGAAGCUGAAAAAUCAGAUACUGAUUAUAAUACUUCAACUAAUUUCUAUAAAUUUUCAAUGACCAGAUUUAUUGAUAAUCCAUUUUAUGCAGACCAAAACUUUCCCAAAAACAGCAGUGGAUAUUAAGCUGUAGAUCCAAAAUUAAUCGCAGAAACUUAAUCUAAUAUCAGUAAAGCAAAUUCUUAAAUGAAAUUCAAGUUUCCAACUACAAAAAAAUUAGAAAAUAAUACAUCAAUAAAAUGUAUAACAGAAGUUAAAAGUGGAGAAUGGGAUGCUGAUGUUUGUAGUACAGUUGAAAAUAAUGGAGAGACGACAUGUUAAUGUGAUUCUUUAAAUCCAACUUCUGUGAUGGAAUCCUUGAAUCUUAUUGCUGAUAAAGCUGCUUAAGUAUUUUCCUUGGAUACCCUAUUGGCAUUUGGAUCAUUUCCAUUUUAUAAGACCAUAGUUUUUUAUUUCUAUUUGGGAAUCACGGGUAUCUAUUUAUGGGUUGUCUAUUGGGGAGUUAAAGUUGAUAAUGAAAUGUUUGCAAAAAUUCAUGCUGCAUAAGAAUUAGCAGAAUAAAAAUUAAAAGAAGAAAAACUUAAAUUAGAGAAUAUUGAAAAUGACCCAGAAAAUAAAGAACAGAAUAAAGAAAUUACAGAAAAUAAAUAGGAGUCUCAUUCUUUCAGACAGCUUGAAGAAAUAAAAGAUAAUGAUACCCCUCAGAUUGAAGCCUUACCAAAUUUAGAAAAAAAUAUCUUUAGAAAUCCUAAAUCGUUUGAUAGAGUUAUACUUGAGAACAAACUCUCGAUGAUUAAUUCUCCUUAAGAAUUCCUAAUUAAUCAAACUCCUGAUUCUAAACUUGAUAUCAACAUUGUCAUAAACCCUGAUAUACCUAAAGGAUAAGGAUCUGACCUCCUAUUGCAAAGACAAUGUUCUAUAAAAAAUGAUAAUAGAGUUCAAUCAAUGGAAAAUCUUAAAAAUGUUGAAGAUUCAGAAAAGUAGGAGAAUGAUAAAAGGAAGGAAACAGAAGGGAAUUAAAAUGAUAAGGAGAAACCAAAAGGAUUAAAGGAUUUGACGAUAAAGAAUUCUAUCUCUAGAAUUAAAGCCUACAUUGAAUACCUUAAGUUUUUCCAUCAACUAUUAUAGAUAAUAUAUAAAUCAGAUCAAAAGAAACCUAGAGGUUUGAGAGCUUCAAUUGUUUACACAAGUAUUUUGGGUAGNAAUUUCUAUAAAUUUUCAAUGACCAGAUUUAUUGAUAAUCCAUUUUAUGCAGACCAAAACUUUCCCAAAAACAGCAGUGGAUAUUAAGCUGUAGAUCCAAAAUUAAUCGCAGAAACUUAAUCUAAUAUCAGUAAAGCAAAUUCUUAAAUGAAAUUCAAGUUUCCAACUACAAAAAAAUUAGAAAAUAAUACAUCAAUAAAAUGUAUAACAGAAGUUAAAAGUGGAGAAUGGGAUGCUGAUGUUUGUAGUACAGUUGAAAAUAAUGGAGAGACGACAUGUUAAUGUGAUUCUUUAAAUCCAACUUCUGUGAUGGAAUCCUUGAAUCUUAUUGCUGAUAAAGCUGCUUAAGUAUUUUCCUUGGAUACCCUAUUGGCAUUUGGAUCAUUUCCAUUUUAUAAGACCAUAGUUUUUUAUUUCUAUUUGGGAAUCACGGGUAUCUAUUUAUGGGUUGUCUAUUGGGGAGUUAAAGUUGAUAAUGAAAUGUUUGCAAAAAUUCAUGCUGCAUAAGAAUUAGCAGAAUAAAAAUUAAAAGAAGAAAAACUUAAAUUAGAGAAUAUUGAAAAUGACCCAGAAAAUAAAGAACAGAAUAAAGAAAUUACAGAAAAUAAAUAGGAGUCUCAUUCUUUCAGACAGCUUGAAGAAAUAAAAGAUAAUGAUACCCCUCAGAUUGAAGCCUUACCAAAUUUAGAAAAAAAUAUCUUUAGAAAUCCUAAAUCGUUUGAUAGAGUUAUACUUGAGAACAAACUCUCGAUGAUUAAUUCUCCUUAAGAAUUCCUAAUUAAUCAAACUCCUGAUUCUAAACUUGAUAUCAACAUUGUCAUAAACCCUGAUAUACCUAAAGGAUAAGGAUCUGACCUCCUAUUGCAAAGACAAUGUUCUAUAAAAAAUGAUAAUAGAGUUCAAUCAAUGGAAAAUCUUAAAAAUGUUGAAGAUUCAGAAAAGUAGGAGAAUGAUAAAAGGAAGGAAACAGAAGGGAAUUAAAAUGAUAAGGAGAAACCAAAAGGAUUAAAGGAUUUGACGAUAAAGAAUUCUAUCUCUAGAAUUAAAGCCUACAUUGAAUACCUUAAGUUUUUCCAUCAACUAUUAUAGAUAAUAUAUAAAUCAGAUCAAAAGAAACCUAGAGGUUUGAGAGCUUCAAUUGUUUACACAAGUAUUUUGGGUAGUUUGGCUGUGCUAUUUGUAUUUAAUUAGCCAAAUAAUCUUAGCUUUACAGUUGCUUUAGCUUUAUUAACUGCUCCAAUUAAUAAAAUUUAUUAGAUUAUCCUAGAAAAAACAUUAUCACAUAAAAAGAAGAUAGUUAGAUCAAUUGGAGCUGUUUUUAUGAUAAUAAGUGCUGGUCUCAUUUCUUAUGUUAUGUUGGCAGGUUUGGUAAUGAUGGAUUCAGUGGAAACUGCUAAUUAAUGGAGCUAUAUCUUUUUAGGAACCUUUACAAUGGAUAAUUUAUUUUAUUGUCCAAUUUCUUUAAUUUUCUAAUAUGUAGUUCAUAUGGAAUUCAUUAAGCUGCCUAUUUUCUAAAAGUUGCUCGAUAAGAUACUUGACGAAAAGGCUAAGGAAUUUUUGUAUGGUUUAAUUGAUAAUUUAGGAGGAGAGGAAUGA